AUGGCAGGGAGAGUAGAUGAAAGAAACAUCAUCCUAGCCUUCAUCAAUGCACUAUUUCCAACUGAUGUACUGUACACGCAUAUAUUCAAGAUGAAGGACAGAAUAUCCAUGGCAGAGCUGCGCGAGUACCAGGAGGAGUACAUCGAUCUUGAGGAAAAACAAAGAGAUAUGGAGUCCUACCUAGUUGCAGUUGCGAAUGCGAAGGAAGUAAAUGCAAGCCUAUUGCCAAGGAUAGCAAACAAAAUUGUGAGCACUUCGAGUUCGUUCUAUCGGUGGUGGUGGCGGUGGUGGUGUCCGAACCAAUCCAGAGGACAUCUCUCUUCUGUGUUCUUCAUACAAUGUGAUAUCCAAACGUCAGAGUCCACGAGGUACGUAAUAAUUCACGUGAAAAAGAAAAUUAAAGAACAUGUGGAAAUAAUUAAAUCAAGGUUAAGUGAGAUGAAUGAUGGAGAAAUAAAUAUAUCAGCUUAUGAUACUGCAUGGGUUGCACUAGUUGAAGAUAUAUAUGGAAGUGGCUCACCUCAAUUCCCUACUUGCCUUCAGUGGAUAAUCAAAAAUCAGCUCUCUGACGGUUCAUGGGGUGAUCAACAUAUUUUCUCUGCUCAUGAUCGAAUCAUUAGUACGUUGGCUUGUGUUAUUGCUUUAAAAGCUUGGAGUACCUGCGGUUAUAUGCGUGAAAAAGGACUACUGUUCAUCCAGCAAAAUAUGUGUAAACUGGAAGAUGCCAAUACUGUCCAUAUGCCAGUAGGUUUCGAAGUUGUAUUCCCGUCUCUUAUCGAUAUUGCUCGAAGUUUAGACAUAGAUUUUCCCGAUGAAGAUUCGCCUGCUUUGAAAGAUAUAUAUGCUAAGAGGAAACUAAAGCUAAUGAGGAUACCAAAAGAAGUGAUGCAUACAGUCCCUACAACACUGCUUCAUAGCCUAGAAGGAAUGGCAAACCUAGAUUGGGAAAAGCUUCUGAAGUUGCAGUGCGUAGAUGGAUCCUUUUUGUUUUCUCCAGCAUCCACAGCAUUUGCUCUCAUGCAAACUAAAAAUGAGAAGUGUUUAGACUAUCUUCAAAAGGCUGUAAAAAGAUUCAAUGGAGGAGUUCCAAAUGUGUAUCCGGUUGACAUGUUUGAGCGUAUUUGGGUUGUUGAUCGCUUGGAUCGCCUUGGAAUUUCACGAUACUUCCAAACUGAAAUUAGAGACUGUGUUGACUACGUCGAAAGGUAUUGGACUGAGCAUGGAGUUUGUUGGUCAAGAAACUCUAAAGUUGCUGAUAUAGAUGAUACAGCUCUGGGUUUUAGGAUUUUACGAUUGCAUGGGCGUGACGUUUCUUGUGAUGUUUUUCGCCAUUUUAAGAAAGGAGAUGAUUUCUAUUGCUUCCAUGGACAAUCAACAUCGGCAGUAACCGGAAUGUUUAACUUAUAUCGAGCAUCUCAGGUUAUGUUCCCGGGAGAAAACAUCCUACAACAAGCAAAACAUUAUUCAACGACCUUUUUAAGAAAGAAACAAGUUUCAAAUGAACUUCUUGAUAAAUGGAUAAUUACAAAAGACUUGCCUGGGGAGGUGGGGUACGCUCUCGAAGUUCCAUGGUAUGCUAGUCUACCUCGCAUUGAGACAAGAUUUUACGUCGAACAAUAUGGAGGUGAGAACGACGUUUGGAUAGGGAAAACACUUUAUAGGAUGUCUAAUGUGAAUAGCAAUCAAUAUCUUGAACUCGCAAAAAUAGACUUCAAUAAUUGCCAAGCCCUACAUCAACUUGAGUGUCAGGAAAUUCAAAAGUGGUACAAUGAGUGCAAACUUGAACAGUUUGGAGUAGAGAAAGACACACUUCUGCAGUCAUAUUUUUUAGCCACCGCGAACAUAUUCUCAGCAGAGAGGUCAGCGGAGCGACUAGCAUGGACUCAAACAGCUGUACUUAUGAAAGCAGUGUCGUCUUACUUCGAAACAAUUGCAAUUGCUGAGCAGAAAUCAUUUGUCAGCGAAUUCGCUAAGGAUAUUGGCUGUGACAAUAUCAGUAUGAUCAGACAAAAGAGAAUGAGAUCACUAACAAAGAAGACAACAAUGAAUCGUGAUAUAAAAGAAGGAAAACAAUUUGGUGAUAAUCACUUUCAUGAAGAACAACAACAGCUCAUAAUGGCUCUCGUCAGUACCUUGCAUCAUCUUUCAUUGGGUGUACUCGCUUCUCAUGGAACAGAUGUACGCGACCAUUUACGAAGCCUUUGGGAGAUAUUUUUGAAGCAAGGGUACCACGAGCAAAAGAGACAACAGGAAGAAGCAUUCGUCUUAGUGUGCACGAUAACCCUGUGUGCCGGACAAUCCGCAAAACUCUUCGAUAAGAAUGCAAUUUCGGCUAAUACCCACUUAACUCGUCUCGUCUCCCUUACCAACUUUCUUACUCAUGAACUACUUCAAAUCAAUGGAGAAGCUAAGGUAGAUAAAGAAAUGGUGUCAAUAGAAUUAGGAAUGCAGGAACUGGUAAAAUGUGUUCAUGAAAGAUUUGAUGGUAUUAACCCGGAGAUUAAGCAAGUGUUCCUCAUGGUCGUUAAGAGCUACUAUUAUGUUGCCUUUUGUUCACGGGAAACUAUUGAUUAUCAUAUAUCCAAGGUUCUCUUCGAGAGAGUCGCAUAA